UUUGAAAUCUCUACAGGUUUAUGCCAGGGUGUGGAAACGCUCGGAGGACGAGGCUGGGGAGGAGUGGCCGUGGAGCCUGCAGCCAGCUUUGCAUGAGUCUGCGGCAGCGUCGAUAUUUCCUGUCAGCCGCUCGAUCAGAGCGGAGCCGAAAGCGAGGGCGGAGGAGGCGAGGAGAGGAGAGGAGAGGAGAGGAGAGGAGAGGAGAGAGGGAUGGCAGAGAACAGCUCCGAGACAAGCGGCUCCGUUUACCGGAGAUGCCCGGCCCAUUCUUCUCCGGGGGAGAGAAACGCUUCGGCGGGAGUCGGAGCCUCUAAGUGGAUACGGUUAAAUGUCGGAGGGACGUAUUUUUUAACGACGAGACAGACUCUGUGUCGAGACCCAAAAUCAUUUCUGUACAGACUGAGCCAAGCUGAUCCCGAACUCGACUCCGAUAAGGAUGAAACUGGUGCCUAUCUCAUCGACAGAGACCCCACAUACUUUGGGCCAGUGCUUAACUAUUUGAGGCACGGAAAACUGGUGCUCAACAGGGACUUAGCAGAGGAAGGUGUGUUAGAAGAAGCUGAGUUCUACAACAUCACAUCAUUAAUAAAACUCAUCAAGGACAAGAUCAGGGAGCGUGACUGCAAAACAUCACAGGUUCCAGUAAAGCAUGUGUAUCGGGUACUGCAGUGCCAGGAGGAGGAACUGACACAGAUGGUGUCCACCAUGUCUGAUGGCUGGAAGUUCGAACAGCUUGUCAGUAUAGGUUACGGGCGGGCCCACCAGUCAGAGUAUCUGCUGAUUGUGUCAAGGGAGGUGAAGGGAGAGGAGUCUGCUUUGCCAAACAACAGCGGAGAGCUCGUCAGUAUCGGCUCCUCUUACAACUACGGAAACGAAGACCAAGCCGAGUUCCUGUGCGUGGUCUCCAAGGAGCUACACAAUCAAUCAUACGGGAACACCAGUGAGCCCAGCGAGAAGGCAAAGAUUCUUCAGGAACGGGGUUCCCGGAUGUGAGACGGACUCAGUAUUAGGAGCUCCAGGUGUUAUGAUGCAUCAUAUCUGUGGAAGAGCAUUGAGCACAAUGGAGAUUUAAAAAAAAAAUGGGGGUGCAGGGAGCGGGUGUGUGCAUUUAUUUGUCUUCCCUCCACUUUUGUUUUUAUGUCUUGAUGUAAAUACGUCUGUUUACAGACAAGUUGUGCCUGUACAUUUAAACUAGACCUUUUAUUCUUUUUUGAAUUAGCGGCAAGUAUUUUAUUUUAUUUUUUAUCCUAAAGUGAGGAAUUGUUAUCUUCUGUUUUAUGCUAUAAAAUAUGGCCAUCAUCAUAUAGGGCCAAUGAGUCACUCAGGGUCAUCUAAUGAGUUCGUUCUAUUGUUCAACUUGAGGGUCUUGUAAGGGAUCAGCAUGGUCUUUAUAACACCGAGUAUCAAACAUGAAAUCAAUGCUUAGAGGUGUUAAGAAGGGAAUUGUGCGUUUACACCAUAAAGAGCUAAUUCAGCCUAUUGGACACAAAAUGAAACAUAAAAAACAACGGACUAAAUGUCUAUCCAAAGAUCUCAAACUCUCUGACCGAUCUCCAGGGUCUCUGUGAUUUUUUUUAAUUUAGGUUUUAUUCAGCUGUUUUCAGCAAUAUGAAGAAGACUAUAAUGGGACUGCGUAGGUAAAGGGGUGUUACACCUAAAUGCUUCCCUCUUACAGUAGGACUGUAAUCUUCAUAUGUUGCUUCAGUUCUUAAUCGGUUUGGGACUGUGAUCAAGUAAUACUCCAUAAGUAAACAUGGGCCGGUAGAAGAUUCUCGCUGUACGAUAACUGUUUCAUAAUAUCAUUGUUUACACAAAAAUCUCUAAUCUGACCUGAUCGGAUUACUCUAAUGUAAAACAGAAAAGGUUAUUUCGCCUGCUGGUAAAAUAGUUCUGAUUUUUACAGUUACAUCUCUAACAUGUUUUGGUUAUGAUGCACAAACUGGAGUACACUUAAAACACUUAAACAUCAACCAAAUUUAAGCCGCUGUCGAGUACAAAAUUAUCCUUUUUAUGCUCUAUUAAACAUAAGCUGACAUUAGCUGAGUAAUCAGGCUACCAGCUCUGCUAGCUAGCCUGCAGUCUGCUGCUUCACAGAUAUGCUGCUCAUAGCUUAUCAGCUUUAGCAGUCAGGGAGAGCUUGCUUUCAGCCAGCUGACCAUCCAUGCGCAGCAACAAUUGGAGGUAUGACUCUAUGCACUCCACGCACCUGGAGAAAACUCAGGUGACCUUCUCUGUGCAAGACUUACAACCAUAGAUUUUGAAAUUGUGAAUUUUUGAAACCCUUUGAUAAGGGUGACCGGCCCAUGCCUUUACAAACGGAUCAGAACCAUCACAGUUUCAUUUUUAGGAUGCAGAGAUAUGCGUAAGUAAGAGUACUUUGUAGCAUACCUUGAAUUAUGGGGCUCAGAGGAAUAAUUUCAACUAAUUUUGUCACUUUUCUUUAUUCUAAAAUAAACUGCCAACAGGUUUAAAUGUGAAUUCUUUUAUGCAGCAUGUUUCCAUUCAGUGCAGCGAUUAUUUAUGGAGCCGUUUCAUUCAAAAUUAAAUAAAUAAA